AUGCUCUCCUCCCAGAUCAUGAGCUGGCGAGAACUCAUCGAGCAGCUAGAAGCGAUUUCAGCAACCCUCGUUCCUCUGCUGGCUCUGGACUUGCCUCAACUCUUCCCAGAGAAUUCCCUCUCCUGCCUCACCGAAGAAAGUUGCGAGCUGAUAAUCCCAGACACCAGGUUUCGUGUCUGGUUAUCCACCAAUUCCUAUGCAUUUGCAAAGCCAACCAUGGGCCACAGACAGCUCCAAGGAUUUUUGGAUUUGAGGCUAAGUGGCGCUAGAGCUGGAACUGAUCGUGGAGUUGUGAAUACAUUACCUUCCCAACUGUUCCCACCCUUGCCCAAUGGCAGCCACCGGAUUAGCCGUUCAAUCAACAGAGGUGUCAUUGCUAGGCUUCCACACGGGGCAUGUGUCGUCUCAGCCAACAAAAUGUUUGCUUUGGGCAAACUGGCAGAUGCGGGUGUGCUCAUCCCCAGAAUGCUACACAAUCACUUUGAUCCACCUCCGCUGCGGGACAAUCAAGUAUUGAUCAUUCAAGGUGUGGAAGCCACAGUCACGAUCAAAGUGGCUUUCCCAACAGUCAAAAUGGCGGAAUUGGACAAGGGUGCUCUUCAACUCGACCAGUUUGAAAUGAACAGUGAGGAAAUCGCGGAUCUUCUCCCGGAGCAUGUAGAUCGUGAAUUGCUUGAGGCAUUCUUUUGGAGAUCAACUCCUGAGAUCUAUGCGCUUGGAACCCUGGAGCACUGCGAGUGA